AUGGACACAGCUAAUGUAUCGGGAGUUAUUUUCUCCCCCCAAAGUCACGCAACCCCAAAGUCGUAUCUUGAUCGAAUUCACUCAAUUCUCAAAGGAUCGGCCGUCUAUGUGCCCCUUUGCAAAGCUGUCUCAAGACUUCCAGAUACAUGGCAGGAGCUUGCUAAUCAGCAUCCUAAGAUUGCUCCUCUGGAGCACGGCCUUGCCUAUGCAAGAUAUUUUCCAACAUGGCUCGAAACGGGAGAGACUUCAGGAUUGGAAGGUAACAUGUCAGGGAUUGUCACAUUGCCACUAUUGACAAUAAUACAUACUGUUCAAUAUGUCCAGUACUUACAGCAGACCGGUAUCACACAUGCUGAAUUCUUACUCAGCCUACGGUCGGGAGGCGUUCAGGGAUUCUGCGCUGGACUCAUGGCGGCUAUGAUUGUUGCAGCGUCAAAAAACGAAACUGAACUCAUAGAAAAUGCUGCCAAAGCUGUCCGAAUAUCCUUUGGGAUAGGGGCUUUCGGCGAAGUUGGUUCCGAUCCAACCUCGUUGGGUUCCACCACUAUGGUGGUACGGUUGAGAUCUGGUUCUGAAGUUGAAGAAAUCACACACGAGUUCCCAGAAUCCUACGUUUCUGCCAUAUCCGACUCCAAGACGAUAAGUCUCAUUGCUCCUUCGUCGAAGAUUGCUACAAUCCGGGCGUAUAUCGAAAAGCUGGGACUAUCAGCCAAGAUGGUUCACAUGCGAAGCAAUAUACAUAAUCCAAAGAAUAUGACUCUUGCGGAUGAGCUAUUGGGUUUCUGUCUGCGCAGUUCAGACUUACAGCUACCAAAUAGUGAGGAUCUCCAAGUUCCCGUACGAUCAAACCGCAAUGGCCAAGUCCUUUCAAACUGCUCUCUUACAGCCGAAAUCAUAACCACUAUCCUCACAUCAUGUUGCGACUGGGAUACUGUCAUCAACAAUCUAGUACAUGAUCUCCAACAGACGGGAAACCAGUCUCACCGCAUAGCCAUGAUUGGCCUCGGAGACUGCAUACCGCUCUCGCCGUUUCAGAAGAACGACCUCGACAUUACAAAGUUGGAUAUCAUGAGCAUCACUGAAGGUUUGAAAAAGCCUCCGAGAGAUCAUUGUCUAUCAUCGCUCGAUCUUUUCCCACCCAGUUCAAUCGCUGUGGUAGGCGCUGCCUGUCGCUUACCAGGGGCAAAUACGCUGGAAGAACUCUGGGACCUCAUUUCUAGGGGAGAAUCCCGGCUUGAAAUCUUACGUGAGGAUCGAGUAAAGCUGAAAGAGUCCUUCCGAGCAUCACAAGAUAAAGAUUGGGCUACAGGGCGAACGUGGUUUGGCAAUUUUGUUGAUGGAAUUGACAAGUUUGACCACAGCUUUUUUGGUAUAAGCCAGAAAGAGGCGGCAUACAUGGACCCCCAGCAGCGUCUUUUAUUAAGCUGUGCCUAUGAGGCUAUGGAUGCCAGCGGAUAUCUGCAUAACCACCGGCGAGAGAAUGGCGAUCCAAUCGGUUGUUUCAUCGGUGCAAGUUAUACCGAGUAUUCUGAAAAUGUCACCGCAUAUGCACCCUCAGCAUUCGCCGCAACCGGAACCAUUCGCGCCUUUCUUUCUGGCAAAAUCAGUUACCACUUUGGCUGGACGGGGCCUUCGGAGGUCAUUGACACAGCAUGCUCAGCCUCAUUAGUGGCUGUUCAUCAUGCCUGCAGAGCUAUCCAGGCUGGUGACUGCCCUAUGGCCCUUGCUGGCGGAGUCAACAUCAUCACCGGCAUUCAGAACUACAUUGAUCUAGGGAGAGCCGGGUUUCUCAGCAAAUCUGGUCAAUGCAAGCCUUUCGAUGAGUCUGCAGAUGGCUACUGCCGGGCAGACGGUGUAGGGCUUGUUGUUCUGAAACCGCUCAGCCAGGCAAUUGCUGACAGGAAUCAUAUCCUUGGCGUUAUCCCUGCUUCGGCUACAAACCAAGGCGGCCUAUCUCACGGGAUUACAGUACCGCAUGGAGAUGCUCAGAAAGCACUUUACCGGCAGAUAGUCAAAACUGCGGGUAUAGAUCCCGGGCAAAUUACGUAUGUAGAGUCUCAUGGUACUGGAACUCAAGUGGGGGACCCUAUCGAAAUCGCCAGCAUUCGCGAAGUGUUUGGGGGACCAUCUCGGCCAUCUUCUGUGCACAUCGGAUCUCUCAAAGCCAAUGUUGGCCAUAGUGAAACUGCUGCAGGAGUUGCCAGUCUUCUCAAGGUUCUCGCCAUGUUCGCUCAUCGAGGCAUUCCCCCACAGGCCGGGUUCAACACGUUGAAUCCGAAAAUUCCUGCGCUUGAAUCUGACAACCUAAGGAUUGCAACCAAGUUGGUUCCAUGGGAAGCGAAAACUCGUAUGGCCUGUGUAAACAGCUACGGUGCUUCAGGAAGCAAUGCUGCGCUUAUCUGCUCGGAAUGGAUUGCGGGGAGCGAGAAGCCAAAAAUUAAUUCACCGUCGUCCUACCCAGUCUUUUUAAGUGCGAAUACACAAGAAAGUUUGAGAGCCUACGCCGAUCGACUAGCUUCAUACAUUCAAGACUCUGAGCAAGGAUUAAACAUUGGCAGCGUCGCAUUCACCCUUAGUGAGCGCCGAAAACACCAUCGAAUCCGAUGGUCUACCACUGCGCACAGUCUAUCUGAUCUAGCGCAUCAGUUGAAAGCAGAUCUUGUAAAUAGUGUUGAAAUACCCAAAACGAGAAAACCUGUUGUUCUUGCUUUUUCGGGCCAAUCAAAGACAAAAAUCGGCCUUGAUCCAAGUCUAUGCGACGUGUAUCCAAGGUUUCGAGCCCAUUUGGAGAAUUGCAAUAGCAUCCUCCGGAGAUUGGGCUACUCAGAUAUUAUGUCUUCUCUCUGCCAGUCGGAGGCUGUCACAGACGUGGUUGCACUUCAUGCGGGUACUUUUGCCGUUCAAUAUGCUUGUGCGAGUUGCUGGCUAGAAGCUGGCUUACAGGUAGACGCAGUGAUUGGCCAUAGUCUGGGCGAGCUCACAGCACUGGCUGUAUCCGGAGUUCUUUCUUUGGAAGAUGCUCUGCAUUUGGUUGCGAAACGAGCAUCGUUGAUCAAGGCCAAAUGGGGCUCCGACUCCGGAGCAAUGCUGGCCAUUUAUUCUGACUUGGAGACCACGCAAAGAAUCAUAGCAGACUCCGAGACGGAGUUCAUAGAUGACGGAGUAGAAAUUGCAUGCUAUAAUAGCCCCACCGCCCACAUUGUUGCUGGAAAGCAAUCUUCCACCGCAAGAGUUGAGAGAAUAAUCAACAACAACCCUCAGUUCAGUGGCAUCCGGUAUCAGCGUCUUGAUGUCAGCCAUGGUUUUCACUCUAGGUUGACUGAACCUUUGCUCCCAGAUUUGAUGGACUUUGCAAAGACGUUGACGUUUAACGCGCCUCGCAUUCCCCUGGAGACAUGCACAGAGAUGCCAGUUAGUGACAUAACGCCUGGUUACAUCACUAAACACUCAAGGCAUGGCGUCUAUUUCAGUCACGCCAUUCGGCGAUUAGAGAGCCGGCUUGGGCCCUGCGUUUGGCUAGAGGCUGGAUGGCACACACCGGUCAUCUCCAUGACAAAGAAAGCACUUGAAAAGUCUGGGGUGCACACCUUCCAGUCCCUAAGUGGCUCGUUCUCGGCAGUCACUAAUGCGGCAGCUGGUCUUUGGAAACAAGGUCUUUCGGUCUCGUGGUGGGGGUUCUCUUCUCCUGAAGAAUCGAAACUCCGCCAUGUUUGGCUUCCACCGUGCACAUUCGAUAGUUCUCGCCAUUGGUUGGACCACGUAGAUCGCGCAAUCGAAAUCCAGCGAUCUCAGGCUCCAACUCAGCCCACAAAUGGAAGAGUUACUUCCCAAUCUACCCAGCUAGUGAGCUUCAUUGGUAAGGUGGGAAGAGAUGACGAAUUCCGGCUAUACACUCAGAGUGAAAAGUACAGAAACACGGUCACAGGUCAUGCUCUUCGUCAACGGCCCCUGUGCCCCGCAUCGAUGUACAUGGAAUCCGCAGUGAUGUGCGCCCAAGAGAGAGGGGCGGAUUUUGACGGACAGACGUUCCAUUUCCGUAAGAUUGGCUUUCAUAGUGGUUUAGGCUGUGAUGACCGCCGGGAAGUGAGAGUCAUGUUAGUAGAGGAUACAAAUGUCAACUCAUGGCGGUUUUCAGUCAAUAGCACUGACAAAGAGGACCGAAGGUCUUUGAAGACAAAGCAUGCAGAUGGACAAUUUGAGACAUUAGAAAAGGCGCCAGACUUUCGGAUUUAUGAGACAUUGAUACUGGAACGCAUGGAAAGUUUGCUCAAGGAUCGCAAUGCAGAGCAUUUGAUGAAAAGAACUGCGUAUGCCUUAUUCUCAAGAGUCGUUGAGUAUGCCGAUCUGCUGAAGGGCAUUUCGUCUAUCACGCUGGCUCCCGGUCAGGCUGUAGCCGAAAUAGAGGUUCCAGCAGAGACAUUUGCCUGCCAUGAGAGUACGGUUGAUCGUUUUAUGGAUGCCAUAUCGCUGGAUACCUUUAUUCAGGUCCUCGGCUUAUUGAUUAACACAAGUGGGAAGAAUGCUGGUGAUGAAGUCUUUGUUGCAACCAGCAUAGAAAACAUGACAAUUCUACCAUGUGACUUUAAGAGCCAGCGAAGAUGGGCUGUCUACGCCAUGUUUGGUAUGGAUGGAGAUAGGCGAGCGGUUGGGGACGUCUUUGUCUUUUCUGGUGAUAGAAAGCUGGUCGUCUUUGGGUCACAAAUCUCCUUCACAAAAAUCCAAUCCAGCAUACUUGAAGGACUUCUCGACGGCACCAAUCCGCGAGUGAACGUGGCCAAACCAUGCACUCCUGAGAGUAGAAUUGAACACAGUAGAGUUCCUGUUGUUGCGAGACAAGAACCUAUCACGACCCAACUACUCGACCAGCGGGCAACAAUUGGCAUUUCGUCUUCAAAGGAGCCACAGGGAUCUCACCAUAACUUUGAAGACGUCAUAGCACUGGUUGCCAGUUACGUCGGAUUAUCGGCGUCCGAUAUCCACGAAGAUGAAAGCUUCAGCAGUUUAGGUUUGGACUCACUGUCUGCCGUCGAGCUUGCGGAUGAGUUGCGAGUCAAGUUUAGCAUCGAAAUAUCUGCGAGCGACAUCUUGACAGUUCAAGUGACUGAACUUCGAAAUUACUUUUUGUCUCAUGGGAAACAGUCGAGCGCGACAACAAAUUCGCACAGCACUAUGGCGGGUGAGCUACCGAAACCUACAAAUGGAGAUAAUAUGUUAACCAAUGGCGCCGCUGUUGAACAUGAGGAUAGCCACGAAAGUGUCAAAGGAUACGCCAACGGAAAUGCCAAUGGUAACACUACCAAUCACACAAAUGGCUAUCUAGCCAAACCAUCAAAACCCCGACAACAUGUCAGACACCGAGUUGAAACAGUGACUUAUAAAGAGGUCGAUGGCAUCGAAAUCUCAGCGGAUGUCUUCAUACCGCUGGAGCCACUCUCUGAAAUCAUGCCUAUAGCAUUAAUGAUUCAUGGCGGCGGCCAUUUGACACUCUCAAGAAAGGCUAUACGGCCUUCGCAAACAUCGUUUCUACUUACACAUGGAAUCUUGCCAAUAAGUCUAGAUUAUCGGCUAUGUCCCCAGGUAAAUAUCAUCGACGGGUCGAUGACAGAUGUUCGGGACGCCUAUAUCUGGGCAAGAACAGAGCUUCCAUUCUUUAUGCGGGAAAGGGGUAUCAAUGUUGAUGCCUCAAAGAUUGUGAUUGUUGGCUGGUCCACUGGAGGACAUUUAGCAAUGACUACUGCUUGGACAACGCCAGCAGCUGGUCUGCCACCACCAUUAGCCAUCCUCGCAUUUUACUGCCCAACGCACUAUGACCCUUCAGACGACUCAUUGAGAAUGGGCAAAGAGUAUCAGCCCCGCACGAUGUCUAUGAGCGAGAUACAGAAAGCACUAGGAUCUCAGACGGUCACGAGUCAUGCAUUUAAUAGCACUGAUACAACUAACAUGGGCUGGGUUAAACCUGGAGAUCCUCGCUCUGAGCUUGUUCUAGCUCUCGUAAAAGAGAAAAAUGGGGUGGCACUACUAUUGGAUGGCAUUCCAACUGAUGGUGACACCCUGGAAGCCCCAAAGCCAGAGCGUGUUGCAGCCAUCAGCCCGUUGGUUCAAGUACAAAAGGGCAACUAUCACACACCGACCUUUGUCCUCAUUGGAGACGAGGAUGAAAUCGUUCCAUUCCAUACUUCUGUGAACUUUGUCAACGCUCUCCAAAAACAAGGAAUUAGAAAUGGAUUCAUUCCGGUACCAGGACAGCGCCACAUUUAUGAUCUAAGCCUGAGUCCCGGAAUGGCGAAAUGGGACGAUUGGGUGGCCCCGGGUUACAAGUUUUUGUUUGACAUACUGGGGAUUAACUCGGAAUGA